GUUCAACGGUGGUCUGGUGUUCGGUAUUGUUGCCAUGGUGGGCUCUGUGGUGCUGCUGAUAAGGACGCUGCAGCAGACGCUCGCUCAGAUGACCACAAAUAACCCUCGCAUGGGAGGUCAGCAGGCGCUGCAGGUGGUGGUCCCGGGAGUCAAUCUGCCCACCAGUCAGCUGGCCUACUUCUUCAUCGCUCUGCUGCUCAGCGGUGUCAUACAUGAGCUUGGCCACGCCGUGGCAGCACUGAGGGAGCAGGUGCGAGUGAACGGCUUCGGCAUGUUUGUGUUUGUGGUGUAUCCCGGUGCGUUCGUCGACCUGUUCACCACACACCUCAACCUCGUGUCCCCCACUCAGCAGCUCCGCAUCUUCUGUGCCGGAGUGUGGCACAACUUUGUUCUGUGUGUGGCAGCGUUGGCCUUCCUCUUCCUGUUGCCUGUUUUCCUGUUUCCAAUGUACUACACCGGAGCCGGGGCGCUGGUCACCGAGGUUAUCCAGGGCUCUGCGGCUGACGGUCCUCGGGGUCUGUCGGUCGGGGACAUCGUGACGGGGCUGGAGAAGUGUCCGGUUAAGGGAGUGGAGGACUGGAGCAGCUGCCUGUCUCGCCUCUCUUACACCCCGCAGACAGGAUACUGCGUCCCUGUCAUCAGCCUGCAGCCCAGCUGGGCCCACGGACGAGCCUUUAAGCGUCUGGAUGGAACGAUGGACUGCUGCAGCAACAACAGCCUGACAGAUCUCUGUUUCUCUUACAUGAACCCAGAGGGCAGGAACAGCAGGGACAGAGAGUACGCCUGCAUGCCGGUGCGUAAGAUGGUGACGGGCACCCACAUUUGUCGUACAAAUGAAGACUGCGCCGCUCACACCCACGCCGCUGCCAGCAUUUGCGUCACUCCCUCUCUGGAGAACCAGACUCGCUUCAUCCGAGUCACUCACCCGCCCAACACUCACAUGCUGUUUGUGGGGUAUCCGCCCCACCUCCAGUUCUCUGUGAGUCUGACCAAUUUCAUCCCCCGCUUCGGUUUCCUCCACCUGGAUCUGCCCGUCUUCUUGGAGACCUUCUGCAAAUAUCUGGUGUCCCUCUCCGGUGCAUUAGCUGUAGUAAACUCAGUGCCGUGUUUCGCUCUCGAUGGUCAGUGGAUGCUGAACGCCCUGCUGGAGGCCACGCUGGUUACAAUAGUAACGGACCGUCAGAAGCGCGAGCUGAUUGGUUUUUUCCUGCUGCUGGCGGGCAGCGCCCUGCUGGCGGCCAACGUGGCUCUGGGCCUGUGGAUGGUCACAGCGCGGUAGCCACAGCGGAGAGCCAAAGCCGAAGGGAGGACAAAGACUAAAUGAAUAGAACGCCACGAGGUGGGAGAGUUGUUCUCUCAGGAUGUGUUUGACACGCGUGGACCGUUAGACUGUGAACAUCAGUUUGUGGAGACUGUUCGGCAGAAUGUGGCUCUGCCUCUGAGGCUUCACUGGACCACCAGGGAAAACAACAACAACAACAACAACAACAACCUUCUUCCACCUUGUCGCAGCCAUAUGCUCAAAGCACACAAAUCAAACAAUGCACUUGCUGUAAAGCACUUGUCCUACAUGACUGUUUACAAAGACUCCACUUCCUUUCCAAAUAGAAUUGUCUGUACUGUGUCGGUGUUUGAGAGAAAACGUCUCGGUUUAUGAUGUUCUGCGAUCUGGAGCUGCGCUGUUUUGUGACUGCUUUGGCGUUCUGUGUGUUUGCAAAGAGAACAAAAGGAAUCCAAGAUAUAUGGAAGUUAAAGAAGCCUUCUUUUUUUUUUUUUUCAGCAAAUGCUGAAAAAUAGCUUAAUCCUCAACUCCGUGUCACUGUUGACGAAAGCCUUGCUACCUAUUAUUCAAGUUCAAAAGAAAAGCCUCAAAGUUACCAAAUACACACAUCAUAUAAUACAAUAAAGGGACUCCUAUCUUUUCCUUCUACAGGUUUCUUCUGUCAAGUCAAGUGUCUUUCUCAACCGCGGGGAUUGUAGUGGGGAAAAGUUUGGAAUAAAGCUUUUACCACUUUUUCUCAGAAAUUCUUUUCUCUUUGGCUUCUCACUGUUUGUGCGCCGUAUAACGUUGACAUAAACAACUCAUUUUUA